AUGAGUGACGAUGAAGCUGAAUACAAGAGACAGCUAGAAAUACAAAGAAAGAACUUUGAAGCUCAAUUUGGCUCUCUAGAAGAGUUAGGAUAUGAAGAUAAAACCAAACAAUCAGAUACAGAAUCCAAUUUAAGUGAUGAAGAAAUAGAAUCAUACAAUGAAGAUGAAUCUGGAAGUGAGGAAGGGGGAAAUUAUGAUAGCGAGGACAGUCAUGAUGAAGAGGAUGAUACUGAACUUUCAGAAUUCAAAGGCUUCGAUGAUGAUUCAAGAUCCCAAGAACCAAAACCAAAAGUUAUAAAAUUUACUGAUCCAACAUCAUCAUCAUAUACUCAACCAACUAAACAACAAAGAAAGUUAUUAAAGAGCGGUAAAUCAUCACUUGCACCAAAACCAAUUCAGUUAACCAAGACCAAACAAAAAAACUUACCAGAAGAUUCAGAAAAUCUACAAAAUGAUUUAGAAUUACAAAGAUUUCUUGAUGAAUCUCAUAUUCUUUCAAAUUUCCAAAAUCAACAAUCAGGUGCUGAUUUAACAUUAGCAACUCUUGAUCAUGAAUCAGGCCCAAUUGGUAAAGCUCGUACACAUACAUUACGUUCUCGUCUUGAUAAUAUUUCAAGUACGAAUGGUAAUCUUAAAGCCAAAUUAGAAAAAAUGCCAAUGUCAAUGCGUAAAGGUAUGAUUAAAUCACAUAUUAAUAAAAUUAAUAAAUUUGAACAAGAUGCAAGAGAUGGAGGAAUUGUUUUAUCAAAAGUUAAAAAAGGUGAGUUUAGAAAUAUUGGUGGUAGAUCAGUUACAACUCAUGAUAGAAUUGGUAAAGGUCUUGGUAAUAAAAAGAAUAUUAAACGUAAUAAAGGAUUAUCAAUUCAAAGUGUUGGUAAAAGUACAAGAAAUGGGUUGGUUAUUAGUCAAAGCGAAAUUGAUAGAAUAAAUGGACCAAGUAAACAAGGGAACUUUAAAGGGAAAAGAAGAUAA